AUGAACGGAACACGCUCACCGACACCCCCUCAAGUCCCCGGCCGCUCCCUUGACAUUGAGCUCGGGCAGCAUGAAGUUAUCAACGUGGAGCUAGACAGCCUGGAUCCAAAUCCUGACGACCUCUUGGAGGUUUUGAAGGAAGGGCAGUGUAAAGUCUGGAUUUGGACGCGACUUGCGUCGGAAUACUGGAGGCGGGGGUAUCUAGACGCGGCGGAGAGGAUUGCGCAGGCAGCGAUCGAAACUCUCCGGGAUAAUGGUUCUGAGGCUAUGCUGCCACCCGUAUACGCCUUGCUCGCAAACGUUCAAAUGGCGCGAGCAGGUAAGGCACCCAAAUUAAUCCUCCCAGAUGCGCGGGAGGACAUCAUGACUGAAGAGAAGCCACGAGAUGAAUACUACAAGGAUGCCGCCCAAUAUUUUAAUCUCGGCGAGAAGGCUACAGCAGAAUCUGGGGCAGUGGGCAGUAUGCUCUCAAUACUGACGCGAGGGAUACUGCAGAUGGGUACGAGGGCUAUGGACGACGCGUUGCGCUCAUUUGACGGCGUACUGUCCACAAAGCCGAAUAACAUCGCCGCGCUUCUGGGAAAGGCAAAGAUCCUCUACGCUCGACGACAGUUCCCCCCAGCAUUGAAACUAUUCCAGACUGUGCUCAAGCUCAACCCCCGAUGCUUGCCUGAUCCGCGCAUUGGCAUUGGCCUCUGUUUGUGGGCUAUGGACCAUAAGGCCAUGGCCAAGGCUGCUUGGCAGCGCAGUGCCGAGGUGAACCCGGAUGAAUGGUCUGCCCAGCUUCUCCUAGGGUUGGACGCUAUCAAUGCGAGCAAAAACGAGAACCAGACACAAGAGGAGCGGAGGAACGAGAUACUCACCGGGACGCGUCACAUUGAACGGGCGUUCAAGGCCAAUCAAAGGAAUUCUGCCGCUGCAAAUGCGCUAUGUGAGCUGUUUCUGCAAAAGGGGCAACACAAGCGGGCAAUGAAGCUGGCAGAGCGUGCUAUUCAAUUCACUGAUGUGAAGACCAUCCUUACCGAUGGUUACAUAAGAGCGGGACGUGUCUCACACGCUGUUGGUUCCAAUGCCGAAGCAACAAGAUUCUUCUCGAGAGCGAAGGACGGCCAGCCUACAAACCUGAUUGCGACCGUUGGUCUAGCACAAAUGCAGAUGAAGAACGAUGAACUCGCCCAAGCCGUCCUCACGCUCGACACCUUUCUGCAACAAACGACGGGGCCGCAGCGUCCUGUUGAAGCAGUAGCGAUGCUGGCGUCGCUGCGCCCACAUCCACGGCCCGGGCUUUCUGGUUCCGACCAGGCGAAAGAGAAGGUGCGCGCGCGCGAGCUAUUCGACCAAGUCUGCAAGGUACUCCGUUUGCCCGAGGAUAGUCACACGCGCAGCGAUAGCCAUCCCCCCGUCAUGGGCAGAUCGGCACGGAAAAUCGCGGAGGACAUGGAGAUGCACAUCGAGAUUGCGCGCUUAUGGCAGGGCGAGAACGUGGAACGCAUGGACCGCGCCUUGAAGGAGGCUUGGCGAAUAAGCGAGGCCACCGGACGCACCGAACCCAGGAUCGUCAAUAACCUGGGGGUCCUGCGUUAUAUGGAGGCCAGUCUUGCUGAAGCUCGGACGAUGUAUGAGACGGCUAUCAUGUAUACGUCGCGCAUCGGCAUUGACGGUGCCGAGGGCAUGUCGACGACGAUGCUGUACAACCUGGCUCGGACAUAUGAGGAACAGGGUGAGGAGACGAUGGCGAAGGAAGCUUAUGAAAAGUUGCUAGACAGACAUCCGGAGUAUGUCGACGCAAAGUUACGGCAAGCACAAAUGCUCGGUAAUAUGAAUCGGAACAACGAAGCACAUGACCUUCUCAAGCAGUCCCUGGCGUCUCAGAACAACAACCUGAACCUUCGUGCAUUUUACACGUACUUCCUGAUCCAAUCGAACCUCCCGAAGCCUGCCAAGGACUUCGUCUUCGCAACACUCAAAGACCACGAUAAGCACGACCUAUACUCGCUAUGUGCUGCGGGGUGGAUUCAAUACCACCAGGCCCGCGAGAGCCGUGAUAUGACAUCGAAAGGCGUUGAGGAGCGCAAGCGUGGCUUCCAGCGGUCGGCCGAGUUCUAUGAAAAGGCGCUCCACCUCGAUCCUAUGUGUGCUGUCGCAGCUCAAGGUCUAGCAAUCGUGACAGCAGAAGACGCGCUUGGCACCCUUGGCGGUAGUCUGGGUCCGAUGGGCCCCGAUGAAGCUCAGAAGCGGUUCACGAAUGCACGCGACGCUCUCGACAUCUUCGCGAAAGUCAGAGAAUCACUGAACGACGGUAGCGUCUAUGUCAACAUGGGACACUGCUACUAUGCCCGCGACGAGUUUGAUCGAGCGAUUGAGAGUUACGAAACCGCGUCGAAGCGAUUCUACAGCGGUCAUGACGUCCCUACCCUGCUGUGCCUGUGCAGAUCAUGGUACGCGAAAGCCAACAAGGACCAAUCGUUCAGUGCAAUGAACACAGCAUUGCAAUACGCCCAGAAGGCCUUCCACCUGCAUCCGUACGAUAAGGCCAUCAUUUACAAUAUAGCCAUGAUUCAACAGAAGGCCGCCGAGAUGCUUUUGUCAAUAGCUCCAGCUAAGCGUUCGCUCAAAGAGUUACAACGAGCCAUCGAGCAAGCCAGUCACGCACAGAAAUUGUUUACUUCUCUUGCGGCGGACAAGUCACCACUUGUACCUUAUAAUCGCGAUAUGGCGGAUCAGCGCCGCAAAUACGGCGACAGCAUGCUACGAAAAUGUGAUGAGCAUCUUGCUGCGCAGCGAAAGUGGGAAGCAGAGGCACAAGCCAAACUCGAGGCGGCACGGCAAAGACGGCAGCAUGAGAAAGACCAGCAAGAGGCUCUGGAGCGCCAACGCCUAGAGGAGCUCCGACGCGAAGCUGCACAGCUUGCAGAAGAGCGACGUAAAGCUCGGGAGCAGGCAAUGGAGUGGACUCGUGAUAUCAAGAUGGAGAGCGAUGAGGAGCGAGAACGAAAGGCAACCAAGAAGGCGAGCCGAAGACCGAAAGCGGAGAUCGGCAGCGGUGACGAAGGUGGGGAGCCCAGAAAGAAGAGGCGCAAGGCCAGGAGAAGUGGUGCGGGAGAGGGCGACGACGCGCUGUUUAGCGGUGAGGAGGAUGGCGACAAGCCAGCAAAGAAGCGAUCGUCCAAGAAGCGGGUUGUGCGGGAUGAUGACGAUGAAGAGGAAAUCACAGGGGCUCCACGGAAGAAGCAAAUUAAAAGUAAAGAAUAUAUCUCGGAUUCUGAUGAAGAAAUGCCGUAGUGUAUUUUUCUAUGCGUCGUCAUGGACAGCAUUUCUUUGUUUUUAAUGUUGUCGAUAGCUGCUUCAUCUUGUAUUGCACUCGCCGUGUAUCCUCUUCGCCGUCUUGAUUGAUCAACGCUGAUAGGCAGCCGCC